UAUUGGCGUAGUUUAGCCCCCCCGGAAUCAUUCAAAUGAAUCUAUAAGUUCAACUUGGAGAUGUUAAAAAAGUCCAGGAUUGCAGCCGGGGAUUGACUUCUACGUCCCAAACAGGUUUAGCGUUAUCUGGUCUCGCCUAAACAAAUCUGCAUCAUUUUUUUUUUCCAGCUUUUUAGUCCUCGCUUCGGUUGUCGCAACUCUCAUAUCUACCUAAUAUCUAUAGACAAGCUCUAGAUAUUAUAUACGAAUUGAAGCUGACACGGGAUGGCUACUGCUGAGAUUGUACACCUGCCUCUUCCCGCCCUCCCAGAGGGCUGGAGUGCAGAGAAAGACUUCAAAGUCAUCGGCUCGCUCUCUAGCGCUACGCAGCGCAAUGUCGAGCCUGUUGGACCGCACUUUUUGGCUCAUGCCCGAAGAAAGCGCCACCACCGGACGUUCUCUGAGGAUGACAGAAUCCAGGCCCAGGAAAAUGUGAAGAAGAUUGAGGAAGAGGAAGUUGACGAAAUCAGUGAACCCGAGGAUCCUAUUAUGCUUCAGCGGGACGCCAAGGAUUGGAAGGGCCAAGAUCACUAUGCUGUCCUCGGGUUGAGCAAACACCGAUACCGUGCCACAGACGAGCAAAUUAAACGCGCUCACCGCAAGAAGGUCCUCCGUCAUCAUCCGGAUAAGAAGGCCGCGUCAGGCAACGCCGACGAGAACGACAGUUUCUUUAAGUGUAUUCAGAAGGCUACCGAAAUUCUGCUUGACCCUGUCAAACGCCGUCAAUUCGAUUCCGUCGACGAACUUGCCAAUGUACCCCCACCCGGCAAAAAGAAGGGCAAUUUCUUCAAGCUCUGGUCUCCUGUCUUCGAAUCAGAGGGCAGAUUCUCCAAGACCCAACCAGUCCCUAAACUUGGCGAUGAAAACAGCACAAAGGAAGAGGUCGAAGAAUUCUAUAACUUCUGGUACAACUUCGACAGCUGGAGAUCAUUCGAAUAUGAAGAUGAGGACGUCCCCGAUGACAACGAGAACCGCGACCACAAACGCCACAUCGAGCGCAAGAACGCCAAUGCCCGCCGGAAGAAGAAGACGGAGGACACUGCCCGUCUGCGCAGACUUGUAGACGACGCUCUUGCUGCUGAUGAGCGAAUUAAGAAGUUCCGUAAGGCGGAGCGUGCCCACAAGGACAAGCGCAGGCUCGAGAAGGAGGCCGAAGCGAAGCGCCUAGCUGAGGAGAAGGAGAAGGCCCGCCUGGAGGAGGAGCAGCGGAAGAAGGAAGCAGAGGAGGCUGCCAAGGCUGAGAAGCUAGAAGGCAAGAAGGCCAGGGAGGCUGAGAAGAACGCUGCGAAGAAAAAUAAGCGGGUGCUUAAAGGCAGCGUUAAGGAUGUGAAUUAUUUUGCUGAGGGAGGGGAUGCCACUGCGGCGCAAGUGGAUGGUGUGCUGAAUGAUGUUGACCUAAUUAUUAGCAAGAUUAGCAACGGGGAACUUGCUGCGCUUGCUUCGAAGCUUGCGGCUGCCGGCAAGGAUGCGGCUUCUGUCAAGUCCACUUACGGUGAAGUUGUGAAGGGGCUUAUUGGCGCUGGGAAGCUGAAAGAGGGGGAGACAAGAUUUUUGACUGUCUAAAAAUUUUAUCUAGAAAGAGGUUUUAUCUUUUAUGACCAGUUUCUAAUUUAUAUAUAUUCAAGGUCUAUCCUAUUAUUUUUUCCGCCUUCGAUCGGCUCAUUGAGCGUGUUUCUACUUCGCAAAGCAAAACAAAAGUAGAUUUCACUCGAUGAUCUCCACGUCGUCCUACCGUAUGCACAUAGAUUUUAUAUUAUUAGUGCGGAUUGGUUGUGCUUGGGAAUCUAUGGUGGUUCUAGAACUCAUACCUCCCUUAUUUUUACCCCUUCGACCCGUCACUAGUUAGAUUUUCACUAAAUUCCCAGCGGCUUACGGCUUACUUGCCAUAAAGCGAGCGAAUCUUUUCACGGUUCAUAAACCCAAGAUAUUCAUACUAUGCUCAACGCUACAUUCUCCUCUAACCUCUCUAUACCAUUUCGUUUCCCAGCUAUGAUCAUAGCUGUCAUAUAUUUUACACCAUAUGUCCCAAAUAACUAGACUCUACAUCAAACGCCUUAUUGUCCAAUCUAGAUCAUGGACAUCCCCUUGGAGAAAGAUGACCAACUCGAAGCCUCCAAAACUUCACCAGGCCUCUAGCAGGCAAUCUGCGUGCAACCAACCAAGGACGAUGAUCCCGCCAACAAACGUCUGAAAGGUUUCUGAGUUCCCAGCCCGUUGGAACAGGCUCCAUGGGCUUCGCAGGAAGUGCCCAUAAACCCCAAAACCCAAACCCUAUAGAAUAAUGCACAUACCCUAUUCUCACGGAUAGGGACAAUGAAAGGAACUCAUAGAAUACCAACCUAGAGGAUUCUGUUAGAUAAGUGAACUAUAGUGCAUUCUGGUUAGCGGGCUAUUUUCCACUUUUUCUCCCCUCAGAAGAGAAUCCAAUC